AUGUCUGCUGCAGUAAAAUCAUUUAUCAUCCAAGAAGCUGCCCGUAUGUCGACUAAUGACGGAGUUGAGCUCACGUGUGUAGAGGAACCUCGCAUAUCAUGGGGAACACCAACCUCAAUUAUACCACAAAGGAGUUGCCAUCUUUACAGUGGAGCAAAAAGUAUAGAAACAAGCACAUAUCAGGCGUCACCUUCGAUCCAAGAUCAUCUGCCUUUCUUUGCUGGAGAGAAUGCAAAAGUACAAGAAGUGAACAUCAAUUGCUCUCCUGCUGGGGCACCAAACAAGAGUUGUAAUUACAUAGUGAACACUAAAUGGGUAGCUGAUGAUGAUCAAGCUGCCGCUCGUUGGGAACAACUCAAGACAGAAUCAUCUGUUCCAAGAGAGAAUUCACAUUCAAGCUAUAUAGAAUCUUUGUGGGGAAACAUAUCCUCUGCCUUGGAAGAUUCAGAGCAAUCUGGAGAGGAUCCUGGGAUGUACAACGAGUAUCCGAAUGAGGAUACAUCAAGAAUUAGCGCUGGCACGGCCACAACAAGUCAACUCAUGCCAUCCAGCGUAGAGACAUCACAUCGUGGUGGCAGACUGUCUGCAAGUGACUUUACUAUGUCACAAUACACUACCAGUUCAGCAUACACCGCUCCUGGCAUGGCUGCUCCUUGGCAAGAUGCAGUAGAAAUGCUGCUUAUACGAAUUAUAAUUUUAGAGAAGGCUCAAUCCGGCAUCAUUCGACGACAACUUGAUUUCGAAGCACCGUCUGAUAGGAGUAUCGCGAGCAUUUACAAAGUUCUGGAGGAUAAAUUGGGAACACUUCAGAAGGUACAAGUAUACUACACAAACUCGCACAUUAAGCAUCGAACAGAUUUGACAAAGCUGCCUGCCGGUGACCCAAGGCAACUGCGAGAUCUUGCCAGAAGCAAAUCACUUGUUAUCUUUGUGGUCGCAACGGAUGGUGUUCGAGUGUUUUGAGAAGCGGCUCUGAUAACAGUCGAAAAUUGCUUUAUUCACAAAAAUUAAAAUUAUUUAUUCACAUUGCGUUGAGUUACUUAUUCGCUGAAUUCAUGUAUGUAUGUAGAAUCUGUGCGUGUGUAUGC